ACGUAGUUUCCGCUGUAACACGGAUGUGGCCGUGAAAAACCCUCUGUGUAUGCCUUGAAUAGCCGUCCAAUUCCCUGCCACUAAUGACUAUUUAGCUUUUUUUUUGCACGAUGAUCGUGAAAGAUAUCGUCUUCUCAUAGUUGUCUACGCGGCGAAAACGUCUCCACGCAAGACCAAAGCUAAACUCCGGAACAUGUAUUGCGGCUGUGCCUUCCUCUUUUGGCAGUCAUGACAGACACCCAGAAAGCCUUAAAGGUUCCGUUAACAGUUAAAGGGAAGAAGUUGGUGUCCUGCAACGCAGUUCCUGGUAGGAAACCCACAAAAUCGGAUUUAAGACUGAAAAGGGCAUCCAAAACAUUUGAUCGCAAUCAUGCCGCCGUGGUCAAAUGGGGGAUGGACAAAAGGAGGCCUUACCUGGUCCUGACCGACGUGUUGAAGACCAAAAUUGGCAGGUCUUUUUUGGACAAGCAGGAGACUAGCAUGUCCAGCGAGAAAGCACAAACGGCGAGCGAGAAGAGCCCAUGCCAGAAGGAACACGUCAAAUGUGGGAGCCAGAAAGAGCCCAAGAACGACAGGGAGAAGAUUGCGACGCCGAAAUAUGUCCAAAAGAGCACCCUCACGUCCCAACGCAGGCCAUACCAGAAAAAGAGGUUACAUCAUGUAGACAACGGAGAAGAAAGCAAAGACAUCGAGCAGAUGGUCAUCGUCAACACAAAUGGGGAAGACUACGGAGUUGUAGACUGCGGCCUGUCAGUGAGCUGGAAACCUUCGGAGGAUGCCGGAGACACUGAUGAGUUUUCCCCAACUUCCAUCAAGGACAUCAAGGCUCAAGAGAAACAUUGUCUGAAGAGGAAACGAAAGGCCUUUAGAUUGGUCAAACGCAACGGAACAUGCAACCCAAAACGACAACGCGAAAGUGUGCUUCGUCUCACUAGUGAGAGUGGAUUAGACCCAGGACUGUCCCCGCGUAGCUUGAUCGACCCCGAAGAAGACUGUGAUUUGGGCGACGUCGCAGACAGCCGAGUGGUUCGACCUACCGUGGGAGCAAUCUGCGAAGUGCCACGUCUCGUCCCGGUUGCCAACUCCAAUCGAGAAUCGGGUGAAGUCAUCCGAUCUCACGCUUCCAGUCGCUUGCCUCCACAGGACUCUGACCAGGCCAGCCCUGGUGAGCUGAUUGUGCUGUCCAGUGACGACGAGGAGAGCGGCAACGUUACGCGUCAUCGUGUCCGAUGUGUUAACACCGUGUCUUCAUUGCGAAAUAGAGAGGCUGAGCACCGUUUGCAGCAAUCGUCGCUGGAGAGUGUGUCCAAAGAACCUGAUGGCUCUCACUUGCAGAAUGUGGAGGUCUUGCAUGUGGUUGUAGGAACGCCAGCGUCCGUUUCGCCUCCCCCCAAAAUUGACCACUAUUUCCUUGGGUUACACUUCACCUACAUGAUCUGUGGAGGUUGCCAAGGACAAGCAAAUGGCAAGCUCACGAUAGUGAACCAAAAAAUCAUGAUACCAUUGAAAGACUUAUGCCAAGAGCUGGACGUGACGCUGACCUUGGAGCGUUCGGCGUUGAGGAGGUACAGCAUUUGGGAGCAGGACGAAGUGGAAUCCAGAGGGAUCUGCAGCGUUGAACCUUGCACCUUCCUGUUUUUUUGUAUCACACAAAGUGCCGCUAUAAAGGUGCAGAGGGAUCUUCUCUGCCUAAGUACUCAACAGGGUCAACUCCCCGUUAUUGAAAAUCCUAGCCCCUUUCUAGUGGUGGCUCUCAAAGAACCUCUGCAAGGCAUGGAUGGUGCUGUUUUGCGCUCUCUGCUGGAAAUAGACUGUCACGACGGUCUGACAAAAGACAAAAACCUCGAUCUGGAGGACUUCCCCAAUCCAAGUCUUUCAUUGGAUGAAAGUUUGGAGCUCAUCAAAUCGAGCGGCCGAGACCCUCUCAUGCUGCGGUGGCUCGGUUUGGAUGCGACCGUCUCGGUAUCCGAACCGGAUCAACAGUUUUCCUGCUCCGAUUCGGAUGUGGAUGAACUGAAUCAGACUGCACCAGAUGCGGAGCUUUCCAUGUUGCUUGACAUGACCAGUCUGCAGACCCUUGCCGAGAUGGAGCAGGGGAAAGUUUCCAAACAGGAACUAGAACAGGAAGAGGAACCUGAGGACGACACUGGAAUGCAACACUUGGCAGAGGAGGAUCAGAAAGCCCAAGAGGAGGACAACCAGACAGGCUCCCCUUUGUACACACUGUGUCGGCGUAGAACUUCGGGGUCAUACACAGUGACUAUGUGUCAACCAGACUCGACUUGGGUUAAAUUCAAACGUCAAGGCCUGGCCCAGCGGUUGAUCCAGUUUCCUCCACCGCCACUCAAAGGCGGAAUCACAGUGACAAUGGAAGACCUGUUGUGUCUCGAUCACGGCCAGUACCUCAACGACGUCAUCAUCGACUUUUACCUCAAGUACCUCCUCCAGAACUCUUCACGGGCGGUCGUGGAGCGCUCGCACAUCUUCAGCAGUUUCUUCUACAAGCAGCUGACUCGCAGAGACAACGCCAGCGAAGGCACCGCCACAGAAUCUUGUCAGCGACAGAAGCGGCACCAGCGAGUGAAGAACUGGACACGCCACGUGGACAUCUUCACAAAGGACUUCCUAUUUGUCCCUGUCAAUCAGGAGGCUCACUGGUACCUGGUGGUUAUCUGCUUUCCUGGACUGAAGGAGCCCAAAUUGGAGCCGUGGAAAGAAAAUAGCCACAAUGGGAUUAGUGAAUCGCCUGAGCAAGACCAACCUGAAGGCUCAGGAAAUUCAAAUGAUGCCAAUUUGAUACAUUGCAACAGCGCGGACAUGCUAUCUGGAAACGAGCCAAAAGCCUCUCUCAGUAAAGUGGACUGCACAGAGAAGACCUGCAAUAGAAACUUUGUGUCAAAGACGCCUUGCAUUCUCAUCAUGGACUCCCUCAAAUUGUCUCUUCACGAGCGCAUAUUUAAAUUGUUGCGAGAGUACCUGCAAUCGGAAUGGGAGGCACGGCGCGGCUCGUCACGCGAUUUCGGUCCGGACCAGAUGAAAAGUUCCCACUGUCAGGUGCCUCUACAGGACAACAGCAGCGAUUGUGGCCUGUACUUGCUGCAGUACGUCGAGAGUUUCCUCAAGGACCCCGUGGUGCACUUUGAACUGCCGCUACACUUGCAUCGCUGGUUUCAACGGCGACAGGUACGCAGUAAGCGGGACGAAAUCCGCGACCUGGUGUUGCAGAUAUACCGGCAGCAGAAGAUGAGCAAAAAAUGAGGCUCUCGCAGCAAGGACUCUGCCCGGCCGAAAAUCAGCACUGCUCAUACUGUGAGCGAAACACAUUUUUGCCUAAACUCUACCGCCGGAAUGGCAGACACUCUCUCGAUCGUCCAAAGUCACGACGCAGGCGACUGCCAAAAACUUCUUAACUGAAAUGUACAUUAUUUUUGUUGUCGUUAUUAGUCGUUUUACCCGGGAGAGUUUCACCCUAGAGUGUUUAUAGAAUGUUGUACUAUGGUUUGCAAGUUAUUUUCUAAUAAAUAUGAUGCCCUUUA